UCUUCCCCUGACUUCUCCAUGAAUAUAUCCCUUUCGUGUCCAACCAACCCUACCGCGAUCGCAGGCGAUUUCCCGGCCCGAUUCUCGCCCGGCGUGAGUGCGAAGCUUCUCGUGCUCCGGCGUACGGAGCUGCUCUUCGUCCAUUCGCAGCUCGGAGCUCGACCUCCCGAUCGGCGGCGCUUCCCAUGUCGCAGGAGGAAGCGGCCGUCGCGGCGAUAAGGCAUGCCCUGAGGGCCCUGCGGAAGCGGCAUUUGGUCGAGGAGGGCGCCCAUGGCCCCGCCAUCGCCGCUCUCUCGAGUCCGAUCCUCUCUCAGAGUUCCGAGUGGAAAGAGAAGGCCGAGACUUUGGAACUGGAGCUUCAGCAAUAUUAUAAAGCUCAAUCGCGACUGUCAGAGCAGCUUGUGGUGGAGGUUGCAGAGUGUAGGGCAUUGAAAUCUCUACUGCAAGAGAAAGAGGCUGGAAUGAGUUCUCUGCAACUGGAGUUGACUGACGCAAGGAAUGAAUGCUCACAAUUGAAGGCAGAGUUGGAAGAGAAAUUUAAAGCUGUAGAAUUGCUUAUAAGUGAGAACCAGGAGCUCAAGCGGCAACUGGAAUUCAUGACUGCAAAAGCUAAGAAUGCAGAAAUUGAGAAUAAGAUGUUAGUAGAUCGAUGGAUGUUACAAAAGAUGCAGGAUGCUGAACGCCUUAAUGAGUCAACUAUUCAGGCAAAUGCACUUUAUGAAGAUAUGGUAGACCGCCUAAAGGCUAGUGGUUUAGAAAGUUUUGCCAGGCAACAAGUUGAUGGUGUGGUGCGCCGGAGUGAAGAGGGUGCUGAAUUCUUUGCUGAAUCGACUGUUCCUUCUUCAUGUAAGCAUAGGAUUCAUGCCCAUGAAGGCGGGUGUGCUUCUAUAACAUUUGAGUAUAACUCUGGUAGGUUGAUUAGUGGUGGACAGGACAGGACAAUAAAAAUGUGGGAUGCAAGAACUGGAUCGUUGAGUCGCACACUUUACGGUUGCCUUGGUUCAGUUCUCGAUCUUACUCUUACGCAUGAUAACAGAUCUGUCAUUGCAGCCAGCAGCUCAAAUAAUUUGUAUGUAUGGGAUGUCAACUCAGGACGUAUCCAUCAUACCUUAACCGGCCACACCGAUAAAGUUUGCGCAGUAGAUGUAAGCAAGUUUUCCAGCCGUCAUGUAGUGAGCGCAGCUUAUGACCGUACCAUCAAAAUUUGGGAUUUGCAGAAAGGUUACUGCAGUAACACAAUCAUGUUUCCCAGCAACUGCAAUGCACUUAGCUUCAGCAUGGAUGGCCUUACUAUAUGUUCUGGUCAUGUAGAUGGCAACCUUCGUUUGUGGGAUAUUCAAACAGGGAAGUUGCUGAGUGAAGUUGCCGCACAUUCGCUUGCUAUCACGUCCAUCUCUCUUUCGCGAAAUGGAAAUAUGGUUUUAACCAGUGGAAGAGACAAUUUGCAUAAUCUAUUUGAUAUGAGGUCACUUGAAGUUUGCGGGACAUUGAGAGCUACUGGGAAUAGAGUUGCCUCUAACUGGAGUAGGUCCUGUAUCAGCCCAGACGACAGCUAUGUAGCUGCUGGGUCUGCUGAUGGAGCUGUUUAUAUAUGGUCUAUAUCAAAAGGUGAUAUUGUGAGCACACUGAAGGAGCAUACUGCUCCCGUACUCUGUUGUUCGUGGAGUGGUCUUGGGAAACCAUUGUGCUCGGCAGAUAAAAAUGGAAUUAUUUGUACAUGGACAUAGUGGUUUUGCUCUCAUACAUGUAAAUAUGCCUUGGUGACCAUGGAAUUAAAUCCCAGCUGGGACGAUCUUUUGUUCAUCGUCUCCGUCCAGGCGGUGCUUGCUUUUCCUAAUUAUUUGAGCUGCUUCCUUGGAAUAUAUAGUCCAAGUGAUUUAUCUUUACCGUGCAUUUUGAUAUUGGUUCACUCUCACCUCUGUAUAUGGGCCUAAUGCUGGGAAGAGCUAUCUGGAGAAGCAUGCGGAUAGUUGGACGGAUAUCUGUAAAUAAUGGCUUGUUGAAGUUUCUGUGAUUCCUUUACUUGUAAAUAAGAUGGGACUUACGUGCUGCACGAUAAUUGAAAUUUAUUUGGUUCUUUUUCUGUUGUCGGUAAGAAUUUGUGUCAUGCAAUAAUUUUUGCUUUAAUGCUGUCAUUAUAUUGGAUGCAGCAGAUUUUCUUA